AAAUAUGCUAUUGAAAGCAAAUACAUAAAUUUCUUGUUUUCUCCAAAAAGAAAAAAAAAUUGCUUCCCAAAUCUCAAAUGGCUUCUCAUCCAUAAUCAAUUGUUAGUCUAUUAUUAAUCUCUGUUUUUUGAGGAAUAACAAUGGAUUCAGAGGAGUCAGUGGUGGUAAUCACAGGGUGUUCUGAUGGUGGUAUAGGCCAUGCUCUUGCCCUAGCUUUUGCUGAGAAGAAUUGCUUGGUUGUGGCCACUAGUAGGUCUUCGAGUUCAAUGAGGAGUCUUGAGGGUGAUUCUAGGGUUUUUCUUCAAGAACUUGAUGUUGUUUCAGAGGAGAGCAUUAGGAAAGUGAUUGAGACUGUUUUGGAGAAGUAUGGCAGGGUUGAUGUGCUUGUGAACAAUGCUGGAAUGCAUUUGGUUGGACCUCUGGCUGAGAUUCCAAUGGCUUCUGUUGAGCAAGUGUUCAAUACUAAUGUCUAUGGUUCUCUAAGAUUAAUUCAAGCUGUUUUCCCACACAUGAUGAGUAGAAGGAAGGGGAAGAUAGUAAAUGUUGGAAGUGUUGCCGCAUUGGCUCCUGGACCAUGGGCAGGUGUUUAUUCAGCUUCAAAAGCUGCAGUUCAUGCCUUAUCUGAUAGCUUGAGAGUCGAGCUAAGUACUUACGGCAUCAAGGUAAUCAAUGUGGCUCCAGGUGCUAUUACAUCGAACUUGGGGAAUUCUUCGUUGACUAGAUACGAGCAGAUGCCUGAAUGGAAGUACUUUAAUCAGUUUGAGGCUGCUAUGAGGAAAAGAACAACAAUCUCUCAGGGCCCAAGAUCUACACCAGCAGAAGAGUUUGCGAAAAAGACAGUGGUUGUUGUGCUUAAGAAAAAUCCACCACCCUGGUUCUCUUAUGGGCGUAUAUCCACAAUACUCGGCAUUCUGUAUUAUCUUCCGCUCCGCGUCAGGGAUUGGAUUUAUAGAUUGGUUUUCUAGAAUUUUUAUGAAAAGCUAAAAGUAUCAGUAUAUGCAUCAACUCGGUGACUUUAUUAUUUCGCAUUCUUAUUGAAGGAGAAAGUUAUAUGUUUAUGGAAAAAGUGUGAUUUGAUUAGUUAUACUCCAUGAAUCUGUUGUUUGUUCUGCUGUUGCAAUUGAUAAUGUAUGGACUUAGUUCUUCACAAUCAGAAUCCAGUUUUUAUGAUUC